CCAAGGCUCUGAGACCCCCAGGUGCGUUUUGUUUUUUUUUCCGUUUUCUGAGCAGUUUGAGAAGUGAGAGGAAGAGAAAGGUAGAUGCUAAGUUUCCUUGAGGAGACAGGAAGUGUUCAGCUGAGAUGGCAGAUCAGGGUGAGGGCUUGUCAUUCCCAAGGCAAAUGGGGGCCUAGAUGCUGAGAGUUUUCCAGCUUUGGGCUUAGAGAUGUCCAACAAGGAUUUAAUGCUUGAGCCUUUUUGGAAGCCAGUCACUAGAGAGGAGAGAGAAAGUGGAAAUGAGGGGCUGGAGUCAGACUGUCUGGGCUUGUGUUGCCUGCAUUUUGGUCCAUGUGGCUCUGUUUAAUACCUGUGUUACCUUGGGCAAGUCUCUUAACCUCUAACCACUUGAACCUUUAGCCUUACCUACCUCUUUGGAUUGCUUUGAGGAUGAAUGAAGUAGCUGCGUUUCAACAUUUAGACAGUGCCUGGCGUAUAGUAAGCGUUCAGUGGAAGAUUUCUCAUCAUUAUCAAAGAAAAUUGGAGUGAAAGUUACUGGAGACAAGAUGAGUAGGACAGGCAGAAAAGAGAGAGAUACUGAUGGGUAGAAGCACAGAUGGGUGAGACUAGUGGGCAACACCUCAAUUUCUUGACACCGAAAGUUUAGAAAUUUACUUUGCCUCUUUGUGAGCAAAUACUGUGUGCUCAUUGACUCCAAAGACAAUUUUUUUUAGCGUAAAAUCAACACCCAGCACCCACAGGGAAGAAAUAAUUAGAUCUAAGUUUUCCACAGAGUUGCAGCGUGGCCUUUUUAGCUUCAAAACCUUUUAAAUGUUAAAUAUUACUUUUAAAUAAUUGGGGUGGGAAUGUCCCCCCAGCGGGUCACAUGGCUCCCUUCCUCUUUAAACAGUCUUCUCUGGGCUGUGAUUUCUCCCCCCGCUGGGCAACUCACUUCAAGCCCUCUGUGUAAGAGGGUUAGGCCUCUGGCCCCAAGCUGCCUGGAGACCUAGGCAGCCUGCCUUGAAUAGCUCACACACUGGCCUCUGUGUUAUGUUCCUGGGCCUGCUCUUGAACAGCUUCUUUUCCUCUUAUGGAUAAUUGUUAGUUCUUCCUGCUGUGCGACUCCCCUUUUAGCAGCCUUUUCCUCUUACUACUCACUGUUUCUUCUAUGGGCUGGAAAAUUGGGAUGAAGCUUGUUAACAUUGGUGGUUCAAGUCUGGGAAGCUUAGUGUUGGACUUUGUUCUACCUGCUCAGACCGUUUUGCUCUGGUCUUUCCUCUGGUUCUGGAUGGGUGAGCUUGCUGGAUAGCAAGGUCCCUGCAGGCCAGAUGUACUUAGAAAAGGAGAGUUUCUUAGGAAAUUCUCUUCCUGAGGCACAUUUUCCCUCACAGGUUUGUGUUCCUUAUGGUUUCCCUGUUCAUUAAUAAGUGUUUGGACCCUAGCAUUUGCCAGUCCUCCCUCUGGCAGUCGUCCCUGAGGCUUGGGGAGGCUGGGCUGGUGGCAUGGCUCAGCUGUGGGGAGGAAGAGGUAAUGUGGAGGGAAGGCAGGCUGGCUGGUAUCUGGUACAUCUUGGGGGAGGCUUGUCAGGGCCCAGAGUAUGUCUCUGGCUGACUCACUCCUGUGCCCCUCUAUGACUCAGUUUCCCCAGGUGUGACCAGCGCUGCCAGCUGACAGAGCUGCUCUGAGAUCCUCACCAACUGCGAUUAAGAAAUAAAGAGGCUUGUGGCUUCAGUCAUCCUUGUAGCUCCCUUCUAGGUCACUCUGUGUGUAAACACCUCUGGCCCCUCCCCUUUCUGGGUCAGAGCACCCAAGGCAGCUGCCUUGAGGUGCAGUGUUGGGGGUCCAGAGCCAUGUCGGACCUGCUACUACUGGGCCUGAUUGGGGGCCUGACUCUCUUACUGCUGCUGACGCUGCUGGCCUUUGCCGGGUACUCAGGGCUACUGGCUGGGGUGGAAGUGAGUGCUGGGUCACCCCCCAUCCGCAACGUCACUGUGGCCUACAAGUUCCACAUGGGGCCCUAUGGUGAGACUGGGCGGCUUUUCACCGAGAGCUGCAGCAUCUCUCCCAAGCUCCGCUCCAUCGCUGUCUACUAUGACAACCCCCACAUGGUGCCCCCUGAUAAGUGCCGAUGUGCCGUGGGCAGCAUCCUGAGUGAAGGUGAGGAAUCGCCCUCCCCUGAGCUCAUCGACCUCUACCAGAAAUUUGGCUUCAAGGUGUUCUCCUUCCCGGCACCCAGCCAUGUGGUGACAGCCACCUUCCCCUACACCACCAUCCUGUCCAUCUGGCUGGCUACCCGCCGUGUCCAUCCUGCCUUGGACACCUACAUCAAGGAGCGGAAGCUGUGUGCCUAUCCUCGGCUGGAGAUCUACCAGGAAGACCAGAUCCAUUUCAUGUGCCCACUGGCACGGCAGGGAGACUUCUAUGUGCCUGAGGUGAAGGAGACAGAGCGGAAAUGGCGGGGGCUUGUGGAGGCCAUUGACACCCAGGUGGAUGGCACAGCCAUAGGAGCUGACACAAUGAGUGACACGAGUUCUGUAAGCUUGGAAGUGAGCCCUGGCAGCCGGGAGACUUCAGUCGCCACACUGUCACCUGGGGCGAGCAGCCGUGGCUGGGAUAACGGUGACACCCGCAGCGAGCACAGCUACAGCGAGUCAGGCACCAGCGCCAGCAGCUCCUCUUUUGAGGAGCUGGACUUGGAGGGCGAGGGGCCCUUAGGGGAGUCACAGCUGGACCCUGAGACUGAGCCCCUGGGGACUACCAAGUGGCCCUGGGAGCCCAGUGCCCCUGAGAAGGGCAAGGAGUAACCCAUGGCCUGCACCCUCCUGCAGUGCAGUUGCUGAGGAACUGAGCAGACUCUCCAGCCCUCUUCCUCCUUCCUCUGGGGGAGGAGGGGUUCCUGAGGGACCUGACUUCCCCUGCUCCAGGCCUCUUGCUAAGCCUUCUCCUCACUGCCCUUUAGGCUCCCAGGGCCAGAGGAGCCAGGGACUAUUUUCUGCACCAGCCCCCAGGGCUGCCGCCCCUGUUGUGUCUUUUUUUCAGACUCACAUCGGAGCUUCCAGGACCCAGAAUAAAGCCAAUGAUUGACUUGUUUCACCUGGA